AUGUCGACGAAAAAUGUGCAAUCUUCUAAAUGGCCUGCUGACUUGUAUAUCUUCCAGUUUCGUCUGACUCAACGACCCGCUCUGAUCACCCCCGUGGCCUGCAACGGCAGCUUAACCGGCCCGGACGACCCGAACGGCUCUCAAUACACGCCUUGCAGCAAGACUGACGGCCCCGAGGGCAGCCCGACGGAGCUCUAUGCGUGGAUUGAUGCGAAGACGUACGAGUUGGGAUUUCUGUACUAUGUCUACACGCCUCCUGGACACGACUACCUGUACUUGGGCGAGAAGACGGUAUAUGCUGCGACGGGGCCUGACGCUGAGAAACAGGCCAGUGCCUUCUCGGUGAUGGAGUCUUCUCACCGUGACGAAGCUCGGCAUUGA